ACUAAGAUGUUGAAGAUGUUUCUCCAGCUUUUGCUCAUCUGCAUCUUCAUGAAUCAAGUUAGAAGUCAGUCAACGGCGGCUAACUGUAGCAAAACCGCCAUUAGAAUACCAGACUACAACGACAUUGCUGUAGAGUGCGGGACAAAUUCCAUGAGUCUCGCAGUCCAGAUCUGCCCAGCAGUCUUUGCCGGCUUCAACGAGUCUCUGCUCUUCGUCAAUGGUUUAGUCAAUGACCCGAACUGCAAAGGCACCGUGGACAAUAGUGUCAACCCACCAGUGCUCCGCUUUACUGUUUCCCUCGGUGCAAACAAUUGUGGCAGCACCUUUCUGACAACAAGCGCUCAAGGGACAGGAGUGUUUUCAGACUUUUCCAGCAUUCAGACGCUAAACAUCAGCGGCGUGGUGCGAUCGUACGACCCCUCAGUGAGCGUAGUGACCUACAACACUGACCUGAAGUACUUCUAUUCCUGUGCCUAUCCUCUGCAGUACCUGCUCAACAACACACAGCUCGAUGUGUCGACGUCCGCCAUCGCCGUGAGGGACAGAAACGGCAGCUUCGUCAGCACUCUGAGCCUCAAGCUCUUCAGUGACGCCAACUAUACCACACCACUUUCAAUUCCAACUCAGGGCAUUGAAGUCAAGUCAAAUGUGUUUGUUCAGGUCCAGGCCAUCAACCUCACAUCUCAGUACUAUGUGCUGCUGGAUAGAUGCUAUGCUUCUGUGUCCCGAUACCCAAACAAUUCCACCUUCUAUAAUCUGUUUGUGGGGUGUAGCAAGGAUCAACAGACCAACAUCACUGAUAACGGAGUGAGCCAGAGCGCUCGCUUCGUCUUCCCGGCCUUCCGGUUUACGGAGCAGAGAAACAUGACGAGCUCCAGAUAUUACCUGCACUGCAUCACCCGCCUGUGUGAGAGCUCGGCCUGUAGUCUGUUCAGGACUUGCCCUGCCAGACGAAAGAGAGAUGUGGGGUCCACCAGUGAUGCUCAGGAUGGUGUCACAGAGACCACGACUCUUACCUCUCCUCUGAUCAUCACCAAAUCCGAGAACAGCAUGAGCAGUCCUGGUUCAACAAAAGAGCAAGCUUUACCGAGCAAAGCUGCUUCAGACCCCUCCGUCGGGCUGGGGGUGGCGGUGGGAGUUCUGGUGUUCGCCUGUGUCGGAAUGAUUGCCAUUUGUGCCGCAUUCUACAAGAAGGUCAUCGUACCAGGGCCAACUAAAAUGCUUCCCAAAUAA